AUGGCAGUAAACAUCACUGAUAUGAUGAGGAAUGACACUAUAACUCCUGAGUUCUUCAAACUCUCAUUGGUGUCCGAUGCUUUGACAGGAUUUCUGAGUGAGAAAAUAUUAGAAGCAGAUGACGAAGAAGGAUCUAACGAUCUCAAAGAAUUCUUCAGUGGAAAGAAAUCGGGAGACAACGACGAUGAUCAAGGUCCAUCAACCUUUCAGCCAGCACAAAAGCGCCCAAGAAAACGUGAGCUACAAGAUCAGGAAAGACCUCCUCCAAAGCAGCCUCAUAUUCCUUCUGCGCCUCCUGCUUACUCUGGAAUGUCACCCCUUUAUCCACAAUUAGAAGAUCCUGAUCAGGAGAUGCAACAACCAGAAUCUCCAAGUCUCAUACCAUUAUCUUCUAAGGAAACCUAUACUGACAUUACUGCAAGGGCUACAGAUCAAGAUCGUAAAUCAGAUCCAAAAGAUCUUUCUAAGAUGUUAGUCGGAUCAAUGCUUAGGUUAGAUAUCGGGAACGCAGUUCCCAAACAGGUCUUAGAAGCUAUUGUAUCUAAUAUUCCUAACCAUCAAAUCUUUUCAGUUCCAUCAUUUUCCAGAAUCAUGGCUAUGACAUUGUUAAUCACUGGCCGUGGAGGGAAAAGGGGAGAUCUCCCGCCAGGCAAGGUCUUCUGCCCGUGGAGCGGCCAACACGUUGUACUAACACUUAGCGCUUUGGCUUCGGUGUGCUAG